AAAAUAACAACAUCUCAUUUAAUUAUCUUUAAACAAAAGUGAACUAUAUAUAUAUUACUCCUUUGUGCACAUCCAUUCAUCAUGAUUCAAACAGAUUCAGCAUCUAUGGCAAACACAAAAGAAAGAUAUGCGGUUGUUACAGGAUCAAAUAAAGGGAUAGGAUUGGAAACUGUUAAGAGAUUGACUUCAAGUGGAGUCAAAGUUGUUCUUACUGCUAGAAAUCAGAAGAGAGGUGUUCAAGCUUUUGAGAAAUUGAAGAAGGAGUUUGGGUUUUGUUGUAAUCUUGUUGUUUUUCAUCAGCUUGAUGUUACUGAUCCGUUUAGUAUUUCAUCAUUGGUGGAGUUUGUUAGGGAUCAGUUUGGAAGACUUGAUAUCUUGGUGAAUAAUGCAGGAAUCAAUGGUUACAACGCAGAUGAGAUGAUUGAACCGACUAUUAAUUGGAGAGAAUUGAGUCAGACUUACGACAUGGCUGAAAAAUGCAUAAUAACAAAUUACUACGGCGCUAAAGAAACUACCGAGGCUUUUCUUCCUCUUCUAAAGUUAUCCGAUUCACCAGUAAUCGUAAAUGUUUCCUCUACAGCAGGCCUAUUAAAGUACAUAUCAAACGAAUGGGCGAAGAAUGUAUUAGAUGACACCGAAAAUCUCACUGAAGAACUAAUAGACGAAGUACUAAAAGAGUUUCUGAAAGACUUCAAGCAAGAUUCACUCGAAAACAAUGGUUGGCCAACCUAUCUUUCUGCGUACAAACUCUCGAAAGCAGCUGUGAAUUCCUACACAAGACUUCUAGCAUAUAGACAUCCAAACUUCUGUAUCAAUUGUGUUUGUCCUGGUUUUGUUAAAACAGAUAUGAAUAGAAACACAGGUGAUAUAACUGUUGAAAAUGGUGCUGCUAGUGUUGUGAGAUUAGCAUUAGUUUCUUCUAGUGGUUCAUGUUCUGGUCACUUUUUUGCUAGCCAAGAUUUGUCUAGUUUUUUUGUAACUGUGGCUGAUAUAUAUAUUUGUAUGCAUUUAUUAUAUUUGUGUAGGUAUGCACUAGUGACAGGAGCUAAUAAAGGAAUUGGUUAUGGGAUAUGUAAGAAAUUGGCAUCAAAUGGUGUAAUUGUGGUUCUUACAGCUAGAAAUGAGAAGAGAGGUUUAGAUGCAGUUGAAAGCUUGAAAGAGUUAGGUCUCUCUGAUUAUGUGGUUUUUCAUCAACUUGAUGUCACUGAUCCUACAAGUGUUGCUUCUUUAGCUAAGUUCAUAAGAACCCGAUUCCGAAAACUUGAUAUCUUGGUGAAUAAUGCUGGUGUUGCUGGUGGUAUAGUGAAUGGUGAGAAUGUUCUUAGAAAGGUAAGAGGUGAAAUAUCUGAUUGGAAUAUAGUAGUAUGUCAAAAUUAUAAAUUAGCCAAAGAAUGUGUUGAAACAAACUUCUUUGGGGCUGAAAGAGUAACGGAAGCUCUUCUCCCAUUGCUUCAACUAUCUACUUCUCCAAGGAUUGUCAAUGUGUCAUCUAGAACUGGACAAUUGAAGAAUAUACCAAAUGACUGGGCAAGAGCAGUGUUUGAUGACAUAAAAAGUCUUACAAAUGAAAAACUUGGUGAAGUGCUUAGAAAGUUUUUGAAAGAUUACAAAGAAGGAGCAUUGGAAACCAAAAACUGGCCAACAUUUCUUUCUGGUUACUCAAUGGCAAAAGCAGCUUUGAAUUCCUACACAAGGUUGCUAGCAAUGAAGUUUCCUCAUUUCCGCAUAAAUUGUUUAUGUCCUGAGUUUGUCAAGACAGAUAUCAACCAUAAUACUGGAUUUUUAAGUAUUGAUGAAGGUGCAGAAUGUCCUGUGAAGCUAGCAUUGUUGCAAGAUGAUGGUCCAUCUGGUCUCUUUUUUCUAAGGGAUGAGGUGAUUUCUUUUCAAUAAUAAUAUUGGGAGGAAAUAUU